CAGUACCUGCGGGCCCAGGGCAUCCCCUUCCACGAUGGGUACAGCUGCCUGCACACCCCCAGCCUCUUCACCGACGGCCGGGAGGACCAGCCGCCUGCCGCCAACGCCCCUUACACACUUUUCAUUGACAAGAUGACGGGCAGCUUCCUGUGCACGGCCACCCUGGCCGAGGGCACAUGGCAGGACUUCCAGGCCAACGUGGAGCUGCGGCACCGCGGCGUUCCCCCCGCCAGCUCGGAGGAGCCGGAGGAGGACACGCGACGGGCUCGUGAGGAUGCCCGCUGCAUCUGGGACCGGGCGCUGCCGCUCUGGGAGCUGCUGGACGAGGAUGAGACCAACAAGACUAAGGCCAUGUUCGGCAUCUCCCUGGUGACGGAUGCCACCCUGAAACGCUUUGGGGUGCGUUAUCUGAGGACUGCUAAGUCCCUUGUCUUCCCCUGGUUCAGCCCCCGUGAUGCGACCCUGAAAGGCCUGAAGUUGGUGAGGGUGGAGAAGAAGGGGGACGCGGUAGCUUACGCGGAAGAGACUUUACCCCGCUUCGAUUCCUAUCGCAAUCUCUUUGGGCUGCCCCUGAUUGGCCGCCGAGACACAGAGCUGGUCUUAACUGGGUGGGAGCUGGACGGCCCGGCCCUGCACACAGCCAAAGCUACGGGGGUGGCCAGCCUGGCCCUGCCACGGGGGGCCACCUGCCUGCCCCCUGCCCUUCUGCCCUACCUGGAGCAGUUCAAGCGCAUCACGCUAUGGCUGGGCGAGGACCUGCGCUCCUGGGAAGCCGCCAAGCUCUUCGCUCGCAAGCUGAGUCUCAAGCGUUGCUCCCUGGUGCGCCCCGGCGACCUGCAGCCCCGGCCCUUGGCAGCUCUGAACCAGGGCCUGAACCUCACCAAGAUCCUGCGUGCCGCCUUGCCUGCCAGCCACAAAUCCAUCGUCUCCUUCCGGCAGCUGCGCGAGGAGGUGUUCGGGGAGCUGGUCAACACCGAGCAGGUGGCCGGCGUCAAGUGGGCGCGCUUCCCUGAGCUCAACAAGCUCCUCAAAGGGCACCGCAGAGGGGAGCUCACCGUCUUCACAGGCCCAACGGGCAGUGGGAAGACGACCUUUAUCAGCGAGUACGCGCUGGACCUGUGCAUGCAGGGGGUGUGCACACUGUGGGGCAGCUUCGAGAUCAACAAUGUCCGCCUGGCCAAGAUCAUGCUGACGCAGUUUGCCGCCCAGCGCCUGGAGGACCAGCUGGAGCUGUACGACGAGUGGGCUGACCGCUUUGAGGACCUCCCGCUCUACUUCAUGACCUUCCACGGCCAGCAGAACAUCAAGACGGUGAUUGACACCAUGCAGCACGCCGUCUACAUGUACGACAUCACCCACGUGGUUGUCGACAACCUGCAGUUCAUGAUGGGACACGAGCACCUCUCUGUGGACAGGCUUGCUGCCCAGGACUACAUCGUUGGUGCCUUCCGCAAGUUCGCCACGGACAACACCUGCCACAUCACGCUGGUCAUCCAUCCCCGCAAGGAGGAUGACGAAAAGGAGCUGCAGACAGCCUCCAUCUUUGGCUCUGCCAAGGCUAGCCAGGAGGCCGACAACGUCCUCAUCCUGCAGGACCGUAAGCUGGUGACGGGGCCAGGGAAGCGCUACCUGCAGGUGUCCAAGAACCGCUUUGACGGGGACGUGGGUGUCUUCCCCCUGGAGUUCAGCAAGGCCUCGCUCACCUUCUCAUCCUCUGGCAAAAGCAAGGUCAGACUGAAGAAGAUGAAGGAGGAGAAGGCGCUUUCAGCCAAGAAGGCUCCAGAGGGAGGCUCGGGAGCCUCCAAGAAGCCGUAAGCCUGGCAGG